AGACAGAUGCCGUGCUAUGUGACCUGAUUUAGAGACUCAACUGCAACUUAUAGGUGAAUGUUUGAUCUUGUUAUUUAUGUUAUCCUUAGUUUGAUUACUAGUGACUUCGUGGGUCACUGAUAAGCUAUGGUGUAUGGAUUCUGCAUUUAUGUUAUCCUUAGUUUGACUACUACUCUCAGUUUUGUUUUCUAUAUCCUUUGUUGGAUUCUGCAUUCUACUGCAAAAUCAUAAGAUUCUUCUAAUUUGAGAAUUACAUUAAUUUAUUAGGACCUGAUCACUUGGUAUGCCUAUCAGCUGGUUUGGCAUGAUAAUAUUAAUAGCAAUGUAUCUAAUUUUCUGCCAACCUGAAUGUUGAAAAAAGGAAUAAUUAAUUGAAUAGGCAUGUGGACAUGUGGUAGCCAUUUUGAACUCUAAAAAACUAAUCAUUUUAGCACUGUUUCUGCUGCUAUGCUAGUAACCGUCCACGUUAGUGUAUGCUUACAUAAUUGAGCAAAUAGAUUAGUUCAUCAUAAUUUAGUAUAAAAGAAAUAGAAUGAGUGAAACAUAUGCUAUGUGAUCUCCUAUAAGAAGGUGCACAUUGUCACUGACUUUAUAUAUUUUAAUAAUAUUAUAAUAUAAGGUUCAGGUCACCAAUAUGAUGACAACCAGUUUAUUUAAGUAGCACUAUCAAUAAAAGUUUCAAUGGAUCAUGAGACCAAUACUGCUAAGCUAAGCUCAAGCCAUUGGAAAUCAUUUUACAGCUUUGCUGAUAAAAUGAAAAGAUUUCCAGGUUUAAUGAGGAGAACAAUUUGGAAAGUUGGCAAAGAUGAUCCAAGAAAAGUGGUUCAUUCUUUGAAAGUUGGUUUGGCAUUGACACUAAUUUCUUUGUUGUAUCUUACGGAUCCGUUGUACAGAGGGAUAGGAAAAAAUGCUGUGGUGGCUGUCAUGACUGUGGUGGUUGUGAUGGAGUUCACUGUCGGAGGAACCUUAUCCAAAGGACUAAAUAGAGGAUUAGGAACUCUUUCUGCAGGAUUGUUGGCAUUUUUCAUUGAGUAUCUUGCAGAUGCACCCGGCCAUAUUUUUCGAGCGGUUUUCAUUGGUGCUGCGGUUUUCAUUUUAGGAGCUGCAGCUACUUAUGUCAGAUUCAUUCCUUAUAUAAAGAAGAAUUAUGACUAUGGUGUUAUGAUAUUUCUUUUGACAUUCAAUUUGAUAAUUGUAUCAAGUUACCGCGUUGAUAAUGUCUUGAGCAUGGCAAAAGACCGCAUCUCUACCAUAUGCAUUGGCGUCGCCCUUUGUCUAGUGAUGAGCCUAUUAGUAUUUCCAAACUGGUCAGGAGAAGACCUUCAUAAAUCCACCAUAUCAAAGCUUGAUGGCAUAGCCAACUCUAUUGAAGUUACCGUUGUGGAAUAUUUUAAUGAUUCUGAAAAACAAGCAAAUGAAGAUGAUUCAUCUGAGGAUCCUAUUUACAAGUGCUACGAGGCCAUUUUAGACUCUAAGGCCAAGGAUGAAACGCUUGCAAUGCAAGCAAAUUGGGAGCCAAGAUACUCAAGAAGCUGCCACAGGAUCCCGUGGCAGCAAUAUGCAACAGUGGGAGCUUCUCUUCGUCAUUUUAGUUACACUGUUGUAGCUCUACAUGGAUGUCUUCAAUCCGAAAUUCAGACACCGAGGUCAAUCCGUAAUCUGUACAAAGAUUCUUGCAUCAAACUUGCAAAAGAAGUAUCAAAAGUACUAAGGGUAAUGGCGAACAGCAUAAGGAACAAGCGACAAAUUCCCCUCGAGAGACUCUCUGAUAAUCUGAGUGAAGCUUUACAAGACCUUGACAAUGCAUUGAAAUCGCAUCCACAACUUAUACUAGGAUCGAGGAAUGGUCGAAGUCAAAUCCCCAUAACCCCCAAAACUCCUAAAACCCCCAACCUCUACAUGCUUGAUGAAGACACAAGAAUCACCUUAUCAAGUAUUAAAAGUGAUUAUUGUUCUCCGGAUGGAAAUAAAUCGAAAGAGCACUCCCGAGAACAAACAAAAGAAGGACAAGUACACAAGAAGGUUUUGAGGCCACAAGUGAGUAAUAAUAUGACUAUGAGUAUGAUCACUAGCCUUGAGUUCUCAGAAGCACUUCCUUUUGCUGCUUUCACUUCAUUGCUGGUGGAGAUGGUUGCAAAACUAGGCCAUGUUAUGGAUAAAGUUGAAGAAUUGGGCAAUAUGUCUCACUUUAGAGAGUUUAGAGACGAUGACAAUGAUGAGAUUGUUGUAACUUGUGAGAGACCAAAAACGAAUACAGCUGAGAAUGACUUGCCUUCUUAUGGAGGACUAGAGUAGCUAUUACAUUAAAACUUUCUUCCUCGGUUUUGAUGUCUAUCAUUACAUGAGCAGAGUUAUAUAUGUAAGUAAACAUGCAUACUCACAUUCAUAUGUGUAUUUCAAGGAACUUAACAAACCAAAUAUACUUCAUUAUCCCUAAAGUGCAAAGUGAAGUUCUUUGGUAUGUUAAGUUUGCUUGCAUACACAUUACCUAUUUUGAGCUUUUGAGUAGGGAAGAGUAAGGCCUAUACUACUUUACUAUCUUGUAUCAAAUUCUUGCCUUUUGUCUUGAAGUUUUAUCUUUUCAGUUA